UCACUUGCUUUCUGCUCAGCUUUCCUUCAGAUCUGUCUCCCUCCUCUCUGUCCAUGCUCACUCCUACUCUGGCUGCAGCAGAGGCGGAACUGCUGACACUCUGUGGGACUCCGUGUGGGAACACGUUGGUAGAAACGUGUAGAACUGUUUAGUAGAAGUGGGACUGUGAGAGAGGGGAGAAGAGGAGAGCCCCCUCUCAGUGCUGUGAUUUGACUAAGAAAACAAGUGGCUGAGAGCAGAUACCUCCUCCAGCGGACUCCUGGGACAGUGCAGCUUGACCUUACAACCCUCAGACUGUGAACAUCUGAGGCAUCCAUACAUCUGAAGCAGCAGCAGCCCCUGUAGGGAAAAAACGGCUGGAAAACUCUGCUCCGAUUUCAGACUUGGACUGAGUGUUGGCCAGCAGUCUCCUCAAACACAGAGGGAGCGAAGACGUUUGGGAUAACCUCUGAAGAACCUGUGUGGGUUGAGUUACACCAACAUGAGGAGUGCGACGGUGUCAGCGCUCCAGGCAGCAGCACUCACAGUUACAGCUCUGGUGUACCUCUGUCCGGGCGUGUGGUGCCUGGAGAUCACGCCUGGUGAAAGAGAACACAUUCUGCCUCAGGGCUCCUCCUUCACCCUCAACUGCUCCGGCACGAAGGAGACCACCUGGGCUUUUAAGAAGGAGGAUGUCCCGUACUUCCAAGUGGACCCGGCCAAAAAUUAUCAAAUUGUCCAAAUCAGUCCCACUUCCAGUAUUUUGCACUUGUGGGACCUGAGCUGGAAACACACAGGAGCGUAUGUGUGCAUUGAUCGACACACUGGAGAAACAGAGGAAGUGGCCGUUUUUGUCCCAGACCCUGAUAUGUGGUUUGUAGAGAGUUCCCACGGCAUGGUAACUAAGACCAGCGAGGAAACUAUCAUCCCCUGUGUGGUCACCAACCCCAGCAUCAAUGUCACGCUCUAUGAGAAGGACGCUGAUAUCCCUCUGACAGGUUCAUAUGUUCCUAGCGAGGGCUACAAGGCAGCGCUGGAGGAGAGGACCUACGUUUGCCGCGGAGAGCUAAACGGGAAGGUCAAAGAGUCCCAGGCAUUCUACGUCUACAGCAUUUUUGUCCCAGAGGCCAUCGACGCCUACGUUAAUGCGUCAAAGACAGUCCUGAAGCUGAACGAACCGCUGACAGUAAACUGCACCGUGCACGGCGUGGAGCUAGUGGACUUUUCAUGGGAUUACCCCCACAGGGAGGAGAUUAAUGUAGAACCAUUGACUGAUGUCAUGUCCACCAUGAUCAUGCGGUCCUGCCUGAACUUCCCCACUGCCACACUGGCCCACAGCGGAAACUACAUCUGUCAUGCUCGUGAUGUCAUCCAAGGCCAGAGUUCCUCUGCCAGCAUCAACAUCACUGUGCUCGAGCGAGGUUUUGUGGACGUACGGCCUUCUCAGCGACAAAAUAUAUCAGCCAAAUUGCAGACCAAUGUGCAGCUGAGAGUGGACAUCGAGGCCUAUCCAACGCCGCAGGUCCUCUGGAGCAAAGAUGGCGCCUCCAUUAAUGGAGACCGAACCAUCAUCACUAAAUCAGAACAUGAGACCAGGUAUGUGAGUAUUCUGACUUUGGUGAGGGUGAGGACAGAGCAGAAUGGUGUCUAUACCGCCCUUAUCAGCAACGGAGAUGAUGUGAAGAAAGUGACCUUUGAUCUUGAGGUCCAAGUUCCCUCUCAGAUUAAAGACUUGACCGAUCACCAUCUCCCUGGAAAGAGACACUUGGUGACCUGUGUGGCGGAGGGGGUCCCGACCCCAACCAUACAGUGGUACAGCUGUGACAGCAUGCUCAAGUGUAGCAACCAGACAGCAGCGUGGCAGCUGCUGGUUCCUGAUCCAGAGGUGUUGAGCAUCCAGAACAACGUCACUAUCAGUGAGAGCCGUAAAAUCAGCCAGGUGCGCAGCCAGGUGACCUUCCACAAGCCUCAGCAGGUUACAGUCCGCUGUGAAACCAGCAACCGAGGAGGAUUCAUCGACAGAAGAGACAUCAAACUGGUGUCCAGCACAUUGUUCUCCCAGGUGGCAGUGUUGGCUGCUGUUCUGGCCUUAGUGGUCAUCAUUAUCAUGUCCAUCAUCAUCCUCAUUGCUGUGUGGAGGAAGAAACCUCGCUAUGAGAUCAGAUGGAAGGUGAUCGAGUCUGUGAGUCAGGAUGGUCAUGAGUAUAUUUAUGUGGACCCCAUCCACUUGCCCUAUGACCUGGCGUGGGAAAUGCCCCGAGACAACCUGGUUCUGGGUCGCAUUCUUGGAUCAGGAGCUUUCGGCAGGGUGGUCGAGGCGACCGCGUACGGCCUCACUCAUUCUCAGUCCAGCACAAAGGUGGCAGUGAAAAUGCUGAAAUCUACGGCCCGGAGGAGCGAGACCCAGGCUCUGAUGUCUGAGCUGAAGAUCAUGAGUCACCUGGGUCCUCACCUCAACAUUGUGAACCUGCUGGGAGCAUGCACCAAACACGGUCCUCUGUACCUGGUGACAGAAUACUGUCGUUAUGGAGACCUGGUGGACUACCUGCACAAGAACAAGCACACCUUUCUGCAGUAUCAUGCCAAAAAAACCCCAGACACCAGCUGCCUCAUCCCUCGAGGCAGCACGCCGCUCAGCCAGAGGAAAGGCUACGUGUCUUUUGGAAGUGAUGGAGGCUACAUGGACAUGACGAAAGACGAGCCCUCAGUCUAUGUGCCCAUGCAGGAGCAGAUCGACAACAUCAAAUAUGCAGACAUCCAGCCCUCUCCAUACGAGUCACCCUACCAGCAGGCCUUAUAUCAAGAACAAGGGAGCAGCCGAGUGGACCUGGUCAUCAGUGACUCUCCUAUUCUCACCUACAAUGAUCUUUUGGGUUUCAGCUAUCAAGUUGCAAAGGGGAUGGACUUCCUGGCUUCCAAGAACUGUGUCCAUCGUGACCUCGCUGCCAGGAACGUGUUGAUCUGUGAGGGCAAGCUGGUCAAGAUCUGUGACUUUGGCCUCGCCAGAGACAUCAUGCACGAUUCCAACUACAUCUCUAAAGGCAGCACUUUUCUGCCGUUGAAGUGGAUGGCACCAGAAAGCAUUUUCCAUAAUCUUUACACCACUUUGAGUGAUGUGUGGUCAUAUGGCAUUCUUCUUUGGGAGAUUUUCACACUGGGAGGUACUCCAUACCCUGAUUUGCCCAUGAAUGAGUUGUUCUACAAUGCAUUGAAGAGAGGCUACCGAAUGUCCAAACCCACUCAUGCUUUUGAUGAAGUGUAUGACAUCAUGAGGAAGUGCUGGGAUGAGAAGUUCGAGAAGAGGCCUGAGUUCUCCUUUCUUGUCCACAGUGUUGGGAACAUGUUGGCAGACAGCUAUAAAAAGAGAUACAACCAAGUCAAUGACAACUUCUUGAAGAGUGACCAUCCAGCAGUGGCUCGCACCAAACUUCGACUGUCAUCACCGUUUCCGAUUGGCAACCCAUCUUUUGGCAAUCCCACCUUUCCACUGGAUCCUUACAACCAGACCCCAAGCCCUGGAGAUGACAGACAAGAAUCAGAGGCACAUGAAGUCACGAAUUUAUACAAUGAGUACAUCAUUCCAAUCCCAGAUCCAAAGCCGGAGGAGGCUUAUGGAGACGUGGACAUGCCAUCAGAGAGUCCUGCAAGCUCUCUGGCUCUGGAGGAAGAAACUGACUCCGUGUCUGAGGACACGGCAGAAACUCUGCCAGAGGAGGACCGGCUGGAGGAGAACAGUGAACGAGACGCUUUGCUGGGCUUCACCGGGACGCCCGAGGUGGAAGAUAGCUUCCUGUAACCAUGGCAACAUUGGCAGGACAGAUCUUUUAUUUGGGGGAAUUGUUUAGAACACGUGAAAGGGAAUGUGACUAAAGUAGAAUGUAGCAAAAUUCACUGAGAAGGCAAUCUUUGUCACUAAGCACAGUUAAGGUUUUGUCCCUUCUGAGUUGUUUAUCACACUUUGUACCUCUAAAUCCACACAACAACAAAAAAAACCUGAAAUUAAGCAUCGUUGUUGUUGUUGGAGAUUUUAUGUGACAUAUGGUACUUUAUUCACACAGCCCUAGAAUUAGUUUGCAGUAGAUAAAGGUUUCUCUUUACUGACUCAAUUCAACAACACAUAACUUUUACUGUCAGUUUAUCACGUUGUAAAUCAAGUGCUCCUGUUUUUACUCAUUAUUUGACUUAUUUUAAGGAUUUCUGACCAACAUCUGUUUUACAUGUAGAAUAAAUGCACGAUAAAUUAGAUGAAUAUAAAUGUAAUUUUUGAAAAGCAUCUUCAGUAAUUUUCUAUUACAGUUUUGCACUUUAUUUAGAUAAAUUAGGUUAAUAAAAAACUAAAUAUAUGACUUUGUAUUGCUUUGAAGUUAGAAUAAUGCAACUGAGAGUCAUCAGGAUUGUUUAACCUACAUGUGUAACUGUAAAGUGAAUAUGAACAGAUUCUGUGAUGAUUUCUGACUCAAGUGAAAAUACUGCAUACAGCAUAUCACUGCCUGAGAACAAAAUGCUACAGAUGUGUGUCUUUUUUAAAUUUUGCAGCAAUGUGGGUUGGAAGAUAUGAAGGGAUACUAUACUU